AUGUGGAAGUUGGCAAGGCUCAAUUGGGGUGCCCGCAGAUUCCGACAUAUUUGUUGGUGCGCCGCCACCCAUGGAUUGCCCAUAUCUUACCCAUUCAGAACACGCCAUAGAAAUCUAGAAUUCUCUCCAAGUCAUUCGCAAAGUGCAUUGCAACUCCUAUCAUUCAGUCAACGUUCAACUUGCCCAGCGGCUUACAUUGACUGGAUCAUGAAUUUCAAAGAGAUACCGAUCAAGAACCCGCAUACUCUGCCCAGCCACUUUGGACCUGGUUCCCAAUGGGGAAAGCCGUUUUAUCCCAUGGGCCAAGAGUGCGAAAAGAUCAACGUGCCUAGGAGCCGAGGCACCAACCCCUUGAGUUUGAGCGCGACCGCCUCGUGGCAAUGCCUUCCCAACACACGCUUCGAGCGUAGCAUGCGCGUGCUGCACGACCCGCCCUCGGCACGCUCCUGCAUCGUGUCGCACAAUGCGGAGGGACUCUUUAUGGAUUCCCAGUCCCACUACACCAAGGUGGGCUCCAAGCACCUCUGCGAUCCGCGACCGGAUCAUCCCCAUGCCUUGGCGAGGACGAUCAGCGUCCCAUCCAUGCAUCCCUACAACGAGCGUCGAGCCUUACUGCAUGAUCCGACACCCUGGCAUUUCAACGAUGCCUUUACAACCAGCAACGAGAGCUAUGGACUGUUCUACAGUAGCCACAUGCUGAAGCAGCCAAUGGUGAUGAGACGCAACAACUUCGAGUGGCAGCGUGAGAAGCGGCGCAUGAAAUGACGGGGCAAGAGGGCUUUUUUGGCAUCGGCAUCGAGUUCAGGACUUACCAAACACCUUGUAUCACCAGACCGAUCAUGCUUGACGAAAUCAACAUGUCUCAAUACGACUAAAGAUUUUGGUAUUGCGG